GCGCAAACCGAGCAGGCUCAAGCAUGAAGCUCCGCUCGGCGAAGCAGCACCGAGAAGGAGGCCGAGCUGCGCUUGCAUGCUCCACUCCGCUCGCACGAAGGUGCCUGGCCGAGGCCGCGGCCGAUGGUCUGAUCCCAGCUCAUGCACAGCUGCGCAUCGCCUUGCUCCUCUCCACAGCCUCUCUCGCGCACCCUUGCCGACCCCAGCGCGCCGCUCCUUCAGCUUCUUGCCCCGGCUGCGCUGCGCCUCAGCUCGGCGCCCAGCCGCGCGACCUCGCUGCCUCGCGGCAUCUUCGCCUGCCGCUGCGCACCUCUCGCAUUCCUCUCUUUGCAGCCACGCCGUCGUGACGCUCUGCGGCCCUCGGCCGCGCCUUGACGCACUUUCCACCGCGCUCUGAGCCUGCUCCGGCCCGCCGCGCUCAGCCUGCAUGGCCGGCCCAGGCGAGGCAUCCGGCUCGGGCAGCGGCAGCGUCGGUGGUGCAGGCUUUGCGCAUGGCGCAGCGCUGGGAGCGCAGGUGCGUUCGCAGCCCGUGUGGUUCCAGCCGGCACCCGGCAGCGCCGCAUCUGGCCUCUCCCUCACGCAGCUGGCCGAUGCCUUCGUCGACACGGCGGGCGCCGGGCCUUCGGGCGCGCCUGAUGCGUCGGCACGCAGCAGCGGCGCAGCGGAUGGAGUGGCGCAGGAGGAUAUGGCGUUCUGGCAAGCCUUCUUCGAGACGCCGGCGGGCGGGAGCGCCGCGCAAGGCCCGCACGCCGGCUCAAUGGCGCAAGACCCAGGCGGUGGCAGCUGGCACGCCGGCCCCUCGGUGAUGCGGCCUGCACCAAGCCAGCCGCACGACUUUGCACCGGAGAUGGCGCCUUUCCCGCCCAGCUCGUCCGCCAGCUUUGAGCUGGAGCCAAGCUGGGCGCCGACCUCACUGCCAGCGGUGCCACUGGCGCCUUCGAGGUCGCACGAUGAGCGGCGAGCCUCCACGAGCGCCGCAGCAUGGCGAGACUUCGAAGCGACGUCUGCUCCGUAUGCUGGCUCAGCGCCAACAGCGGACAGCGCGAGCACGCUCCAGCGGCCCCAGCCCGGCAUAUCGCACUUGGGAAGCGCAGAGGGCGCGCCUCCACCUCGUCCGCGGCAGCCCGACUCGCUCUCGCCAGACAGCGCAAGUCUCGGCAUUGGCGAUGGCCCUUCCGCUUUCGUCUUUCCGCCACUCAGUACAGCGGGCAUGGCGCCUUCUCUUGCGCUACCACACGCGCCCCCCGAAGGGCAGCCGCUCGAGACGACGCCUCCUCCCACUGCCGCGGCAGGCGACGGCAAGCGCGCCUCAGUGGCAUGUCUGCUGUGCCGCAAGCGCAAGCUACGUUGCGACCAGGCACAGCCAUGCAUGCAGUGCGAGCGCCGAGGCCUGCAGUGCGCAUACGAAGUGAUGGCGAGGAGGAUGCUGCGGCUCUCGGCCCGCGCUUUGCAGUACAUCCAGACGGACGCCAUCUCGCAAGCCAGCUCCGGCAUGACGAUCCAAGCCGCUCAGAGCGCUCAGGUCCUGGCGCUGAUCAAGCGGGGCGAUCUGCGCGUGUCGCUGCUGGAGCUUAUUACGCGCGUCGUCGAGUCGCUAGGCCUCAUGCGCCUCGUCAAGCUCGAAGACCCCGAGUCGGCGCGGCCCAUAAAGCCGCACAAUCCAGCUUACUACGAGCUGCCGCGUCCGCCGCCGCCGGGCACUACAAGCGUAGCAGAGGUGCGCAGAGAGCUCAUUGUGCGGCUCUGCUGGGCGCGGGCAGUGCACAGCGCAAGGCGGGUGCAGACUUGGCCGUGAGUGCCCAUCAAGCCUCUUGCAACCAUACAUCCCGCUG